AUGUAUCCCAUACCUCCCAUUGCUAGAGUCCCCUCCCUAUCCACCAUUGAACGAUCCAGCAUCCUCGAUGCCCUAUUCGAGCCAUGUACUGCUUUCCACACCCUCUCUAUGGAUCUACUCCAUACCAAAACAUUCGAGUCUUACAAUGAUCUUAUCUCAAGUGUUGGUGUCCAACUCAUUGAAUUAUCAGAAAGUCCAUUACCAAGUGACAGAGAAUGGUUAGACAAAAUUCUUGGUUCUCAUCCUAGAUUAGGCGAGAAGAAAGUAGACAGUCUUCAAUCAAUAGCUGAACAAGCUCAAUUGAAUACUGGACCUACUGAAGAAGCUGAGAAGUUGAUGGCUUUGAAUGAGGAAUAUGAGAAGACUUUCCCGGGUUUAAGAUAUGUUGUUUUCGUGAAUGGGAGAUCGAGACCUGUUAUUUUUGAGAACAUGCGAAGAAGAAUAUCUAGGGAUGAUAUUGACCUUGAGAGAAAAGAGGCUAUCCAGGCGAUGUGUGAUAUUGCAGCAGAUCGCGCCACAAAACUCCAGGCUUUCAAAGUAGUAUAG